UAAUGGAUCACACACUUGCAACUUGUUUUCCACCACCCUCUCUCUUUUUCAAGAUAUUAUACUGUCCUCAUGGCCGAAGUUAAUACUAAUUCAGACUCGUUGCAGUACCUUCAUGGAGACCUUGAUCUGAAAAUCCUCAGAGGUCGCGGCUUCGAGAUCCCCUCAGACACUUAUGUCACCGUUUUGCUCGGUGAUAUCAACUUGGCUCGCACUCGCACCGUAGUGUACAACUCUGGAAGCCCAGAAUGGAAUGAGCACUUCCAGAUUCCCCUAGCCCACCCGGUCUUCAAACCGGAGCUCCGCUUCAACCUGCAGUACAAUGAUUACAUUAAUAACACGAAGUCGAUAGGAACCACUUCCGUCUCGGUCCAGCAAAUCGUCACCGGCGAAGCUAUCAGCCAUUGGUUCCCGUGUUCCGGUAAACAAAUGAAACCCGAUGCCGCUAUCUUCAUUGAAGUGAAAUUCACCAACUGUGAGGACACUCCGUUGUACCAGUAUGGUAUUGCGUCUGAUCCGGAUAAUUUUGGAGUAAAGGAUUGUCGCUUCCCGGUUCGGAAAGGCGGGUCUGUGACGCUGUAUCAAGACGCGCAUGUGCCAGACUCGAUGCUGCCGGAGAUUAAGUUACAAGACGGGAAGGUGUUUGAGCACGAAAAGUGUUGGGAGGAUAUGUGCCAUGCGAUAUUGGAGGCAGAAAAAGUGGUGUACAUUAUUGGGUGGUCCAUUUACCACAAGGUGAAGCUGGUGAGAGAGCCGACGAGGCCAUUGCCUAGUGCUGGGAAUUUGAAUUUGGGAGAUUUGCUCAAGCAUAAGUCGAAGCAGGGCGUUCGAGUUUUGCUCUUGCUUUGGAACGAUGUGUUUGGUAUGAUGGACACUCAUGAUGAAGAAACUCAGAAUUUUUUCAAGAACUCUUCCGUCCAAUGUAUAUUGUCAUCUCGAAGUCAGCUAAACCUUUUCAAAUAUCUAGACAGUGAACCAGGAAUUGUGACUUUGACAAGGAAAUUUAUGGCCAAUAAAUUUCUUUGUUCACAUCAUCAGAAAUGUGUGAUUGUGGAUACACAAGCGUCUGAUGAUACAAGGAAGAUAACUGCUUUUAUUGGAGGUCUAGACCUUCGUGAUGGCCGCUAUGAUACCCCUGAGCAUCGACUAUUUCGUGAUCAUUGCACUGUAUAUCAAAACGAUUAUCGUAAUCCAACACUUCUUGCAGGAGCUCACCGUCCAAGGCAACCAUGGCAUGAUUUACAUUGCAAGAUAGAAGGGCCUGCUGCAUAUGAUGUGCUCACUACUUUUGAGCAGCUUUGGGGCAAAGCUGCAAAAUGGUCGUCAGGGCUUAAGAAGUGCUGCAAAAUCAUUUUUCGUGUUUUAAUGAACUUAGACACCCCCAUGCCGAGUUCUUCCCAAUCAAUUUCAAAUGACGACUUUAAAUUUUGGGUUUCCAAAGAAGAUGAUCCAGAAAACUGGCAUAUUCAGGUUUUCCGCUCAGUUGAUUCAGGGUGUUUGGAAAUAUUUCCUGCAACUCAGAAUUUGGUUGUAGAGAAGAGCAUUCAAUCAGCGUACAUCCAGGCAAUUAGAUCUGCCCAGCAUUUUAUAUACAUUGAGAAUCAAUUUUUUCUUGGAUCUUCAUAUGCAUGGCAAUCUGACAAAGAGCCAGGUGCCAAUAAUUUAAUUCCAAUGGAGCUGGCAUUGAAGAUUGCUAGUAAGAUUAGAGCAAAGGAGAGAUUUGCAGUUUACAUUGUCAUACCAAUGUGCCCCGAAGGUACAUGGCGCAUAGUCACAGAAGAAGUGCUAUUUUGGCAGAGCCAGACAAUGCAAAUGAUGUAUGGAAUCAUAGCACGAGAGUUGAAAUCCAUGCAUCUUGAAGAUUCACAUCCCCAAGACUACCUGAAUUUCUAUUGUCUUGGUAAGCGGGAAGAACUGACCAAAGAAGUGUCAGCCCCACCUAUUCAAUCCGUCAAGAAGGCGGAAAAGGUUUCUAGUUUCUCAAAAAAAAACUUGCAGGUUUCUAACUCACAAAAGUUUCAACGGUUUAUGGUUUACGUACAUGGCAAGGGAAUGAUUGUAGAUGACGAGUAAGUGAUAUUAGGUUCUGCCAAUAUUAAUGAACGAUCUUUGGAUGGUUCAAGAGACAGUGAGAUAGCCAUGGGGGCAUAUCAACCCCAUCACACUUGGGGUAAGAGGAAGGGCCACCCACAUGGCCAGAUAUACGGAUAUAGAAUGUCUCUG